AUGAAUUUGAUCAAGCUGGGCCUCAGCACCCAGGAGACGACUGCAUUUGGCUACCCAGUGUUAGAGGAAUUGUGGUUGAUGGAACGCAGUGCAGAAGAGGUUGUCAACGCGAUGAGACUGCUUGUUCUCAGCGGCGAGCUUGACGAGUAUUUGCCGUCGCUGUUUCAGAGAACAGGCAACUACAUUGCAAGCGAUUCCAUUGAAAGCGAGCUCUUUUCACACGAAGCCAUGAUAAGGCGUAUGGUAUCACAACUGGUAUGGAGUUUCCCAGGGGUUCUUCAGAUUAUGGCCACCGAGUUCCACGAGUUCCAGAUCGACCCUAAGCAGCUCCCGCCAGUGGCCCGCUUCGCCUCUCUCGACUGGCGCGAUGCGAACCCCGACCUGCUACUCGACGAGAUUGGCCGUGGAGGGGGCUGGGAUACUGCGUCGUUCGAGGCUGUCCUCCGCGGGCCCAACUUCAACAACCUCGACGCCUUUGCCGAGGCCUACUUUUUCGGCGUGCAGAGUUUGACUGAUGGGGUACACGAGGUUUGGAAACGAGACUUUGGAACGGAACCGAAACUCGAAAGCUGGCGCAAGCUUGCGCGACGGGUCUUGUCAGCCGCGUCAAUGGAAGCUUUGACACAGACCGAUCCUGUGUCGGUGUAUCGAAAGCACAAUCUAUCGCCGUUAUUCCGUGGCUUGUUUUACUUGAAUUCUUACUUUAGAUGGUUCGACAUAAAGAAGCGUAGAUGGCGACGUCGUAUGUCCAGAGCCGUGGUCAUGUGGCUCGAAGAUGUUCCGUCUUCAGGCACAGACCUAGACGAAUACGGUGCGGCAGUGCGAAAGCUAUACCUCGACAACGCAUGGCUACAUAGCUGGCGGUGGCAUUUGUUUGGAGGCAGGGGGCCGCGGUUAGUUGCGCUCACAAGUGGUCCCAAGCCUGAGGACUGGAAGCUGCACUGGGACUGGGACUGGCACUUGGACGACGACAGGUUUGCAGGUGAAUUCUGGGAGAUGACGGAGAACCCGCCACUGCGCAUUCCGGGAGGAUGGGUUGACUAA